GCGGCGGGCCAGCCCCUCGGGCGACCCUCCCGGGGAAGACGAUGCCGCGGUCGCUGUGUUGGUAGCGGCGCUUGGAUCACCGCUCCCCAUGUUCUUGCCGCCGCCGCCGCUGCUUCUCAGGCCGGAUAGAGGAUGCUGCCCUGGUCGGUGGGGGGCGACGACCAGGGGAUCCGCGCCCGUUCUCUUUCCUCCGGCUCGGGCCACUGGGGCUCCCCCUGCCGCCGUUGCUAGCUCCCUCGGCGAGCGAUGACUUCAAAGCAUCAGGCAGACUGGAUCCCUUACAGUGUAUUAGAUGACGAAAGCAGCAAUUUGAGACAACAAAAGCUUGACAGACAGAGAGCUUUGCUAGAACAGAAGCAGAAGAAAAAAAGACAAGAGCCACUGAUGGUUCAGUCCAAUGUGGACAGUCGCACAAGGACACGCAGAAUGAAACAAUCAGAAGAGCAAGCUCCACUUGUUGAAUCUUACCUCAACAGUAACAGCAGUACUAUUUAUCAUGCAGUACAGGAGGCUGACCAAGAAGAUGUAAAAGUGGUAACAGACUCACAAGCUCCAAAAUCAACUAAAAAAGCUAAGGCAGCUACGGGAGGCUGCCAAACUGGCAACACCAGACAGGAAAAAAAGGGGAAACACAAAGGAAUUGAUGGUCCAGCUGCUUUUCAAGACGAUGUGCAGGAAAUAGGGAGCCGGGUUCAAAUUCUUACAGUUGGAGAGACUUGUCAAGAUGAGGAUGAUAGUGAGAUAAUAACUACCAAUCAACAACAAGGCAAGCAAGACCUUAGACUAACAAUGCAGAAGAAAGGUAUUUCAAGUAGCAUGAAUUUUGAUGAAGAAGAGGAUGAGGAGGAUGAAGACAGCUCGAGUUCCUCACAGCUAAAUAGUAAUACCCGACCAGGUUCUGCAACAAGCAAGAAGUCAAACAAGGAAACAGCCUCAGGGCCCAGCCCUUCGACUAACAACCCUAUCAUAGAGGUGGAUGACCUGGAGGAAUUUGCUGUGAGACCGGCUCCUCAGGGUGUAACCGUCAAAUGCCGAAUCACAAGAGACAAGAAGGGAAUGGACCGCGGAAUGUACCCGACGUACUACCUCCACUUGGAAAGGGAGGAUGGUAAAAAGGUAUUUUUGUUAGCUGGAAGGAAACGAAAGAAGAGCAAAACCUCAAAUUACCUCAUCUCCAUUGACCCAACAGACCUGUCACGAGGAGGAGAGAGUUUUAUUGGAAAACUGAGAUCAAAUCUUAUGGGGACUAAGUUUACAGUUUAUGAUAAUGGAGUAAACCCAAUGAAAACAACACUGAGUUUGGAGGCCAGUAAUUUGCGCCAGGAGUUGGCUGCUAUUUGUUAUGAAACAAAUGUUUUGGGGUUUAAAGGUCCUCGUAAAAUGAGUGUCAUCAUACCAGGGAUGAAUAUGGACCAUGAGAGAGUUUCCAUCAGACCACGCAAUGAACAUGAAACACUCCUCUCAAGGUGGCAGAAUAAAAACACAGAGAGUGUCAUUGAGCUGCACAACAAAACACCCGUCUGGAAUGAUGAUACCCAGUCUUAUGUUUUAAAUUUCCACGGUCGUGUCACACAGGCCUCCGUGAAAAACUUCCAAAUUAUUCACGAUAAUGAUCCUGACUAUAUAGUGAUGCAGUUCGGCCGUGUGGCGGAAGACAUUUUCACCAUGGACUACAACUACCCAAUGUGUGCACUUCAGGCUUUUGCGAUUGCCCUGUCCAGUUUUGACAGCAAGCUGGCUUGUGAAUGAGCAACCUCAGCCAAGCCUCACUACAGCCCAAAACUGUGCUAUGACUGAAAGAAGAAAACAAAACCUCUACUUAAUUCCUGGUAUCGUCAGUGGUUUCAUACUCGUAGUGGGGCAGGUAAAAUUUUCUUUUCUGAAAGACCAACCCUUUUUCUGGAGAGAGAAUAUUUUCAAAUUCAGGACUUUCAAGAAAUUCACCCCCUCAUCUAUUAUCUAUUUUUCUGAAAAUGGCAUCAGCGAUGUGUAAAUAGAAGUCCAAUCUUACCUUUGCAUUUGUGUUAUGAAGAUGUGCCAUGAUGUACUGUAUCAUGGCUUAAGUCAAAGCAUCAUUGAGACUGGUGAGUCUUUUCCCCACUCAAUCCAUGAAAGCUAUCACAAAGCAAAUCUGUUUUUUGGAUUUUAAGAAGUAUUCAGAGGCUGUAAGCAUACCUCAAGAUUACAUUUAAUACCUUGAGAGCUUCAUGUCACCCACCUUAGAAACAAGACGGUGAGGAAAGAUGCACUUUUAGAAAUGAAAAUAGAUGGCGGUGGCAUUUAGUCUCAAUGCUAACACUGAACUUAAUUUGUGCUCUAUUGUUUAGGAGGAAGCGACCUGAUGAUUUUUUUUGUUGUUGCUGACAAGGGAUGGGUGGGGGUGUACUAGGAAGCACAAGUUAAAUAUUGCACAAGUCACUUGUAAGCCAAGGUAUCAUAGAUUGUAUUUUAAUUUAAAUCUCAUUUUUCAAGUGAGAUUCAUUGUUCUUUUUCAAAUGAAGGUGUCGGAUUCUACAAAAUUGCCAUACAGAUGCUAGAAAUUAUGUUAUAUCACAGUAGUA